AUGUCAAACAUAUUGGAAGAAACCCAAAUUCAUUUGAAUGGAAAUGCAGUGUUGAUUAAAGGAAAUGACAGCACAGUUGGUCUGUACAAGGUUCUUUUUGAAGUAAAUGGUAUCGAGAGAUAUCGAUUUGCUAUUAAAUACAAGACGAAAGAGAAAACUAAUGAAUUGAAGUUUACCAUCAAAGAGAAUCACAAAAAGCAAGCAUUAAGAUAUUGGUUCGAUAUUCAAUUCGGAUAUGUACUGAGGAACAUUGAAACUGAUGAUAGAGUUCAGUUUUAUCCCUCUGAUAAUACCUGCUUUAAUAUCAAUGAUUCACCACUAGUUAAUUCCACUAUUGAUACGGUACUAAACCAAUUGGAUGGUGAUGAUAUACUGGAAAAAUUGAAGUGUUCAAACUCCAAAUGGAGUAUUGAAAAUAUCUACGAAUAUGUACUUUUAACAACACCCAUUCCAGAGGUAUCAAUAGGCGCAUCUGUAAUUCUACCUGAUUUCAUCAAGAAUAGCAAGAGUAUUGUUUCAUUCCAUUUUGCUCGUUAUAAGUAUCCAGAAAUCAGAUUAGACAGAUUAUCAAAGAAAGCAAAAGAUCUUUACAAGGAUUAUUACAAAACCAACGUAAAGAAGUGUUAUCCCAAACUUGAUAUUCAAGAAUUGAAAGAGAUUGAAAGCCAUUUCUUUGUAAAUGUCAACAUAUACCGAUUCAAUGGAAAGAAAGCGGUUAUGGAACGACAUUCAGUAAUGACAAAAAUGGAUCAAAUACGACACAAAUAUCUGCAAUUGUUGUAUUCAAAGUAUUCUCGGUUCUUUGGAAUAAUGGCCAAUUUGGACGAUGCAAAGGUUCAGAAACGAUUAAGAUUACAAUUACUAGAAUGGCUUGGUGUUCUGGCUAUUUAUGGCUUCAAUAGCUCAUCAUAUGACAUCGACAUCAUCAAGAAAUACCCUCCACAAGUCUUGAAACACUCUAAAAAACAUGGAAAUGUAUCCAAAUGCGAAAAGCUUUGA